CUUUGUUAUUUUGAGUUUGGCUUGUGGUCUUUAUUACCUUGCUGAACUGGUAACUUGAUUCUCCAUCUCGACAUGCACUCAUUUUCUAUUCCAGAUAGAAGAAUAUUCUGUAUAUACAAAGAAGGUCAUUAAGGCCAUGACAGCUGUCAUUAUAUCAUUGCAUAUUCUGUUUUGGAUAUUUGAUCGACUUCCAUUCUUUUAUUUGGCAUUUUCAAUUGGUUGCCACCUUGUUUAUAGCUUAAAUCUUCGUACAUUCCCCUUUAUCAGUCUCAGCAGUCUUCCAUUUAUAGCCAGUUGCAUUCUUGUAUUUGUGGACCAUUUCUUAUGGUUUAGAUAUUUCACAACACACUAUAGACCUUUUAUGGACAUUGCUGCAUUCUUUGGAUUGUGCGUAUGGCUUGUUCCUUUUGCUUAUUUCAUUAGUCUAAGUGCAAAUGACAAUGCUUUGCCUACAAGUGGAGAUCCUGCAUUUGUUGACUCACUUCCAAGCCAACAGAAACAAGGCUUAAUGAAGAGCUUGUUAAGUUUAAUAGGUAUCAAGACUCAAGAAGUACCUUCUAUGCCUGCCACUUCUAUGCCUGCUUCUUCAGAUUAUUAUCCUGAAUCUCAAGGCACGGCUUCUGGAAUUCACUAUAUGCCUCCUAGAGAUAUUCAAAACAGAAAGACAGCAUAAAAAAAAACAACUUUUUUUA